CUAGUGAUGGGCAGGGAAAGAAAAAAUUGGGUGGGAAAGAAAAAAUAUCGGGAAAAUAUGGGAAAAUAAAAUAAACACCCGAAAAAUUCCCGAAACAUGGGAAAAUAUUUUUUAAUUAUAAAAUAAAAUAAAAUGUAGGUAUCUUUUAGCACGGAAUUUUGACAGAUAUGAGUAAUGAUCGGAGUUUGAAUGCUGUUUCAGACGAUAUCACGAAUAUGGGUAUGACGAUAUCCCCGGGAUUACGGUAAUUGCAGUACGGCUUGAAAAAAACAGUUAAUAUUAUUGUAACGAUUUACAAAUAAAAAGUUAUGGUCAUCUUUUAAAGUUCAACAGAAAAUAAUUAAAACGUUCCAAUCAUGAAACCGAUUUAAUGUUCAGAAUGAAAAUAGCCCAAUUAAAAAAAAAUAACCUAAUGUCUUUUUACAAAAAAAAACGUCUACUUAAAGCCGUUAUUACAUUAUCCGGUCCUGCAGGCUAGAUGCGUCAAGGUCACGGUAGUUGCCAUGGAUACUCCCCACCAACUCCCGUUUGCCUGCCGGACCGGGUAAUGUAAUAACCACUUAAAAAACAUAUUUUCGUGUGGGUUUUUCAAGUACAUUCUCAGCGGAUAUUAAUAGAUAUUAACCGUUUCACUCUCACGGAGCGGCACCAUUCGCCAGCCCAUGAGUGCGAAAGAAAAAGCAUGCGUUACUUCCGCAUGCAAGAGAAAUAAACAGUGGUAAUGCGCAUCGGCGGCAUCUUCAAAGAAGUGCAUCAGGUACAAAUUACAAUAGCGAUAAGUACCUUUUAUCUCUUUCUAUUAGCUAGUGAGGCUUUUAUGUGUUGCUCUAUGUGUCAUUCGCUUACUUCGGUUUGUCGAGUGCUCUUGUUUUUGUGACUUUUGUGCGAUCGAUUCUAUCUAUUGGAUUUUUUUGGAUUUCUUUACAUGUGACAUUUUGGCUUGGAUACACGGACUUCGAUUUUUGCAAGUGAACUAGUUUAAAAAGAAUUAAUUUCAGAUUAACUGAGAAUGGGUAGACGUAAAGAUAAAGAAACUUGGAGAGAAUAUACCCGCGGACCAGGAAAAUCUGUAGUAUGCAAUCAUUGUAGAAAAAGCUACAAAUUUGCAAAUGUCAGUAAAAUGAGAACUCAUCUUGAGAAUUGUGCUAAAUGCCCGCUGGACAUUAGACAAGCUUUGAGUCUCAAAAAUGGGGACCAACAAGAUGAAAAUAGAGAUCCUCUAAGUUGUAUUAGCAGCCAAAAUAUGCCAUCGUCGAAUUCUGAAAGCCUAAAAGAAAUUCAUUCUAAACAAAACGAAGAUGAAUAUGACUCGCCGGUUUUAUUAUUUACCAUUACAGAAGCUGCAAGAACCAAACUAAAUGAAAAAUUGUCCAAAGCAAUUUAUGUCACAGGCGCACCACUCUCUAUGACAGAGCAUCCGUUGUGGAAAGAUUUUUUUAAUGACCUCCAACCUAUGUAUAAAAUGCCAACCAGGAAAAAUCUCUCAACCACUCUUCUCGAGAAAACAUACACCGACAUGAAAGAGGAAAUGAAUGAAAUUCUUGCAGCUGCCAACGAUUUACAUCUUCAAUGUGAUGGAUGGAGUAACAUACGAAAUGAAGGAAUAAUAAAUUUCAUCAUAUCAAGACCUGAACCGGCGUUCGUUAAAUUUCUGAAUACAGAAGACAACCGGCACACAUCUGAUUAUAUAUCCCAAGAAGUUAUAAAAAUCAUGGAAGAAUAUGGACAACAUAAAUUUUUUGUUCUUAUUGGGGAUAACGCUAAAAAUAUGCAAUUGGCAUUUAAGAAAGUUCUCGAUAUAUAUCCUCAUGUGAUACCCUUGGGCUGUGUAGCACACGGGCUCCAUUUACUGUGCCAAGAUUUUAUUAAAUGUAACUCAGUCAAUAGUUUUAGCGCUUCUGUGACUAAUAUCAUAAAAAGUAUAAAAAACAGCCAAUUGUUAUGUACGUUGUAUAACAAAAUAGUACAAGAGAAACACUGUGGUGAACAACUUAAGCUUCCAUGUAAAACGAGAUGGGGUAGUAAUGCAACUUCUUUAGAGAGCUUUAAGAAAUCUAAAUCGUGUCUUCAAGCAUUGGCUGUUCAUGAAAAAUCAGUUCUUACAAGAGACACUAAAUCUGCUUUACUUGAAGAAGAAUUUUGGGUUAAAAUUGAUAAUGCCAUUGAAAUUUUGAAGCCAUGCUCAGACUGGAUAAAAAAAAUUGAAGGAAAUGAUUGCAAUAUUCACAAAGUUUAUAAAGUUUUUACAAACAUUGAAACUGCAAUCCUCACUUCUACAAUCAUAGAUAAUGAUGAAAAAAAAGAAUUAUUAAAUAAAAUCGACAGCCGAAAGCAAUUUUGUAUCAGACCAAUCCACUUGGCUGCAAAUUUACUAGAUCCUAGAUCCCAUGGUCACGAAUUAAACCAAGAAGAAGAAAUACAAGCAAUUGAAUUCAUAAAUAAGGUGGCCAGAGACCUAAACUUAAAUGUCAUGACUGAUCUUGCUCAUUACAAGGCAAAAGAUGGAAUCUUGUGGGGUAAAAGUUUUGUUUGGACAUCGGCAGCUGAACUGCAUCCCAUUACGUGGUGGAAAGGUGUAUGUUCGUCCAGCAUACUGAGUAAGGUUGCUAUUAGAAUUUUGAGCGCUCCAUCAACAUCCGCGGCCACUGAAAGAUCCUUCAGCACCUUUAAUUUUAUUCACCACAAAAAACGAAAUCGUCUUACAACAGAUAGAGCAGGGAAAAUAGCGUACAUUUCGCAUAAUUGGAAUUUAUAUUCCAAUAUUCAUCAAAGUGACGAUGAAACCAGUGGCUCUAAUUCCGAAGAUAAAUCUGAAACCACCCCAGCUUCACCAAGACCAGGACCUAGUUCAGAAAGACCAGGACCAGGACCUAGUUCAGAAAGUCAGUUGGAAUAUUUUAUGGUUACUGAUUCAGAGUCAGACUAGUUGAUUAUUGGAGCAUUAAUGUUAAACUUUGUUUUGUAAUUGAUUUACCCACUUUGCUUAUUUAUGAUUAAAGAUAACUGUAUUUUGUUAGAUUUGAUUUAUAUUAGAGGUGAUGAAAAUAAACCUAAUUAGCACAUAUCAUAAUUCUUUUAUUCUGCUAUUACAAGAGCUUUCUUGAAUAAAGUUGGUGUAAUAAGUAAGCUUUUCAUACUAAUAUUAUAAGAGGAAAGAUUAGUAUGAUUGUAUUAAAUUAACUGAAAAACUACUGGAACGAUGUCAUUGCAGCUCCUAGUUAGGUAUUUUAUUUUGUUUAGGUACUUAUAUUGUGUUUUGUUUUGUUUUACUUUUUAGGUUUGCUUAUGUUUUGUUUUUGGUUUUGUUUUAUAUUUUUUAUUUUGUUUACAUAAUUAUUAUGUGGUAUUCUCAUCUCCGUCAACUGUCUUUUCUCUAUCUGUGGUAGCUUGUAAUUAGCCUUUAUUUAUUAUUAAGGUUUUCAUUGUGUAAAUAAUGCUGUAAGCUCCCCGAAUAAAAAAAAAAAUGUUGUACAAUAGGUAUUACUGGAAAUUUGUCAAACUAAAAAAAUAAUAAUACCUAUAUCCAAUUAUUGUAGUUAUGUCACUAUAACUCAUCAUUUUCCUGCCCUUAUCCGUGGGGUCGGCACAACAUGUAUUCCUCUUCCAUUCAUUUAUGUCACUAUAACUAUUUUUUAUAUUUUAAAAGUUGACAAAAUUUGACCAGGAUAUCGACAACUUUGAAUUAAUCCUUAUUUUAAUAAAUAAUUUCGUAUUCAA